CGAGGAAGGAUUAGGGUGGGCGCGAGGCACGAAGCUUUGUUUGUUCGCCUGAUCUCCGCCGCUGUCGUUCCCCAUCGGAUCAAUCGAUGACGUGCGGCGCGUGCGGCCGCGCUUACAACGGCGGUGGCGAGGCCUCGAGGGAGGAGCUGGUCGCGCCGUUGCUGGAUCUAGGGAAGGGACGGCCCUGGGGCCGCACCGCGGAGACGCCCGCCGAGAAGGACCACGUAAUGAAGAAGGUGGUGGAGAGGGCCGUCAAGCUCCUCAUCCGGGGAUUGCUGAUCUUACUGUGGAUGUAUUUGUUUAAUUCCAUGAGAAGAUAUGCGAUCAACUACAUUGGCGGAGAUACAUGGUUUAGUACGUUUGCUGUUAUUGCCGUCGCCGUACCUAUAGCUGAAAUCUUUUGCAUCUUCGGCCAGACCUUGACUACGGCACCCUGGCUUGUCAUCGAAUGCCGCGCUUGCAUUGCUGGUGCUGAUGGCGAGGGCCCCAGGGAGGAGCUGGACGCGCUGCUUCUGGACCUUGAGAAGGGAGGCAGGGGCUACACCAGGGCGCCGCUGCUGGCGGACGUCAUGACAGAGACCGCCACCAUGACUGACUUGACAGAUGCCCAAGAAGCAGCGGUGGACAUGGCCUUUUCUAGGAUCAUUAAAUCCAGUAUCCGGGGCUUGUUGGUCUUACUCUGGGUGUAUUUGAUCAAUUUAAUGAGAAGAUAUGUGACCACGCACAGUGCAGAAGAACUAAUUUUCACUAUAUGUCCUUUGGGUCUUCUCGGUCUAGGCGUGUCUGUGUUCUUUUGCUUUCUGAUGGAGAGUUUCUCUGAAUGUAUCUAUAUCCCUCCAUCGACAUAACUUCAUAUUGAGCUAUACUGAAAUCAAAGUAGGAUAAGUUUAAUGUGCACAAUGCUUUCCAUUUCCCAUUUUCUAGGGGAGAGAAGAUGCAGACUUUCAGUUUGAAUAAUAUUAGUUUCAGAAGAUAUCUCUGAACAAUUGGUA